CGGCGGAGGGCGCGGCCGUGUGCGGGAGCGACGGACGCACCUACCCCAGCCUGUGCGCGCUCCGGGCGGAAAACCGUGCCGCGCGUGUCCGGGGCGAGUUCCCGGCCGUGCCGGUGCAGAAGGGCGCCUGUGGGAGCCCAGGGACCAGAAGCGCAGGCUGGCUGCGGAGUAAGUACAAUUUCAUCGCCUCGGUGGUGGAGAAGGUGGCGCCUGCUGUGGUUCACUUGCAGCUGUUCCGCAGGUCACAUCUCGGCAGCAAGGACAUUCCUGCAUCCAGUGGCUCUGGGUUCAUAGUGUCUGAGGAUGGGCUCAUUGUUACCAAUGCUCAUGUCCUCACUAACCAGCAGCGCAUCCAAGUGGAGCUCCAGAGUGGGGUCCAGUAUGAAGCCACUGUCAAGGACAUUGACCAUAAAUUGGAUCUUGCACUGAUUAAGAUUGAGCCACAUACUGACCUUCCUGUUCUGUUGCUGGGAAGAUCAUCUGACCUUCGGGCUGGAGAGUUCGUGGUGGCCUUGGGCAGCCCAUUUUCUCUGCAGAACACAGUGACUGCAGGGAUUGUCAGCACCACACAGCGAGGGGGCAAAGAGCUGGGGCUGAAAGAUUCAGACAUGGACUAUAUCCAGACUGAUGCCAUCAUCAAUCACGGGAAUUCUGGGGGGCCUCUGGUGAACUUGGAUGGUGAUGUGAUUGGCAUAAACACACUGAAGGUGACUGCCGGAAUCUCCUUUGCGAUUCCCUCAGAUCGAAUCCGGCAGUUCUUGGCAGAAUACCAUGAGCGCCAGUUGAAAGGCAAGGCUCCUUUGCAGAAGAAAUAUCUGGGUCUGCGAAUGCUGCCUCUCACUCUGAACCUUCUUCAAGAAAUGAAAAGGCAAGAUCCAGAUUUUCCUGAUGUGAGCUCUGGGGUUUUCAUAUAUGAAGUGAUUCAAGGAACAGCUGCUGAGAGUUCUGGGUUAAGAGACCGUGAUGUAAUUGUCAGCAUCAAUGGGCAGCCAGUUUCCAGCACAGCCGAUGUCAUUGAAGCUGUUAAAGACAAUGAUUCCCUUUCCAUCACUGUGCGUCGGGGAAGCCAAACCUUGUUUCUGACAGUCACACCUGACAUAAUCAGUUAAGCAUCUUACCUUAAAAGAGAUUUAACAAAA